AUGUCACACAAACACUGGAUCUACCCCAAAGACGACGACUUGGUUCUUUCGGCCUUGCGCGGGCUCGCAGCGGCCAAUCCUGCUCUUGGGAUAAUUCCAGAAGAAAAGGUUGUUUUCAACCCAAAGGCGGGUAAAAAAGUGGCUGUAAUUAGCGGAGGUGGCGCAGGCCACGAACCGCUCCACCUGGGCUUUGUGGGAUCGAAUUUGCUCGACGCGGCCGUCAGCGGGGCCAUUUUCGCGUCGCCGCUGACCCGCCAGAUCAUGGCGGCAUUGAAAGCCACCGCCAAUAAGGAGCAGGGGGCUGUGGUGGUUGUAAAAAACUACACGGGCGACGUGUUGCAUUUCGGGCUUGUGGCCGAGCGUGCCCAGCGGGACGGCUACCCAAUUGAGGUUGUGUCUGUGUCGGACGAUGUUGCCGUGGGCCGCACGCAAAACGCCAUGGUGGGUCGCCGUGGCUUGGCGGGUACAGCCAUAGUGCACAAGGUUGUUGGUGGUGCCGCUGCAGCAGGCGGGAAAUUGGCGCACGUGGGUGCAUUGGGCCGCCAAGUCAAUUCGGCGUUGGUCACCAUGAGCGCCGCUUUGGACAGAACGUCAGUUCCAGGCAAGGCCGAAGAGACCGAGCUCACAGGAGCAGGACAGGCCGAAUUGGGCCUUGGUAUCCACAACGAGCCCGGCGAAAAGUUGCAGAUUCCACCCAUCACCGACUUGGUGGACGUGUUGUACAAGCGUUUGUUGGACGAAAACGACAAGGAGCGCCACUACUUGGACUUCGACAAGGACGACGACUAUGUUUUGGUGGUCAACAACAUUGGCGGCACGUCUUCGUUGGAGUUGUAUGCCAUUGCCCAUUAUGCUGUGGCCCGGUGUCCCUUGGAGAAAAAGCCAACGCGGGUUUACAUUUCAGACUUUGUCACCUCCUUGAGCGCUCCUGGAUUUUCGCUUACGCUUCUUAACUUGAAGAAAGCGGCCACAGACGAGUAUUCGCUGCUGGACAUUCUCAACUUUUUGGAUGCUCCUACAGAUGCGCCCGGAUGGAAACCUAAACUGUACAGCGGCGAACAGUGGGCUGCAGACCGCAAGGAGACCCACAAUGACAAGGAGAAUGUUUCUCUUCCUCAGGGUAACGUGAAGAUCGACAGCGGCCGGUUUUCCAAGGCAUUGAAGGCGGCAAUGAACCGUGUGAUUGAAAAGGAGCCGCUCAUUACGAAGUACGACACGCAAGUGGGCGACGGCGACUGUGGCGAGACGCUUGAGAGCGGGGCCAAGGGAGUUUUGGCGGCGCUUGAUUCCAAGGAGCUCAAGCCGCAUUUGGACGACCCUGUGGCGGUUUUAAGUGCGCUCACCGACGUUGUCGAAGACCACAUGGGCGGAACCUCGGGCGGCAUCUAUGCCAUUUUCCUCACGGGCUUUGUCAAGAACUUGAAGGAGGCCCAGAACGCCGAAAUUGCCCUGGUGGCCAAGGCUUUGCAUGCGGCGCUCUAUGAUAGUUUGUUCAAGUACACGAAGGCCAGAAAAGGCGGCCGUACGUUGGUCGACACUUUGCAACCAUUUGUUGACGUUUUGGUGGAGUCUGGAGACUUGAAAAAGGCCGUUGAGGCGGCCCGUGCCGGAUGCGAGGAAACUGCUAACUUGGAGGCGAAGUUUGGUCGGGCGUCGUACGUCGACGAGAGUGAAUUUGCCGGCGGUGUUCCAGACCCUGGAGCAGUGGGCUUGUUGGCGUUGAUUGAAGGAUUUGCCGGAGAAUACUAA